AUGUAUUGCUUGAGUGAUGACAGCCAAGACCAUGCCAGCUGCUCACUGAAAAGGAUGGUGUCUCAUUCUUCAGCAGUCAGCUUGCAUAUCCCGCAGUCCAUCCUGCCUACAGACUUUGUAAAUGUUUGCAGAGCAGCUGAUUCCCCAGGCCUGGCAGCAGCAGCUGCUGCUGAGUGGGUGGAGGGGGGGGCCUGCAGGACCCCGGGGGUCCCAAGCUGGUACCAUGUGUCCCCAGAGGAGCCGGGAUGGGACCUCGCAUCCCUCAAGAACCAUGGCCUCCAAAGCUGCACCCCCCCCACUGCAGAACCAGGCCCUGUUUCUCCCCUACCUUCCAGAGCUGCCCAGCUGGAUGCAGGUGAGCAUUUUGAGGUCCUAGAUGGAACUGAAGAUGAAGAGGCAGAAGAUGAUAAUGACCAGAGUGAGCUGCCCCCCUUGGAGGAUCUGGGAGCACCCCAAAAUGAGGGACCCACUGAACCUCAGCCUGAAACAUCUGAAGGGACAGAGAAUGAAAGCCCCCUCCAGGAGUGGAUGGAUAUAUUGGGUAACGGACUGUUUAGAAAGAAGAUUCUUGUGGCUGCCCCGCCUGGGGCUGAGCGGCCCAGCAAGGGCCAAGAUGUGACAGUGCAGUUGAAGGUCUCUCUUGAGGAUGAUGGAACACAGGUGGAGGAACAGCCUCGCCUCACCUUCACCCUGGGAGAUUGUGACUUUCUCCAGGCUUUGGAUCUGAGUGUACAGCUCAUGAAUGUGGGUGAGACAGCCCUGAUCAUCACAGAUGCCAAAUACUGCUUUGGAGCUCAUGGCAGGAGUCCUGCCAUCCCUCCCAACUCAACCCUUCAGCUGGAGGUGGCUCUGUGGACAGCAGUGGAAGGGCCUGACCUGGAGCUGCUUAGUGGGCGAGAGUAUAUCGAUCUGGCUGACCACAAGCGGGAGUGUGGGAAUGCCCACUACCGGCGGGCCAACUUUGUCCUGGCUGCCAACUCCUACGACCUGGCUCUCAAGGCCAUCGGUACCAGCUCCAAAGUUGAUGUGAGCCCAGAGGAAGAGGCAGGACUGUUGGAGCUGAAGGUGAAAUGUCUAAACAACCUGGCUGCCUCACAGCUCAAGCUGGACCAUUAUAGCACAGCCCUGAACUCCUGCAGCCUGGCGCUCAGCCACCAGCCAGAUAACAUCAAGGCCCUGUUCCAGAAGGGCAAGGUGCUGGCACAGCAAGGUGAGUAUGCCGAGGCCAUCCCCAUCCUGAGAGCGGCCCUCAAACUGGAGACUUCCAACAAGACUAUUCAUUCAGAGCUCUCAAAGCUGGUGAAAAAGCAUGCUGCCCAGAGGCACACAGAGACUGCCAUGUACAAGAAGAUGCUUGGCACUGUUGGUGCCAGUGGACUGCCCACCAAGGGCCCUGCCAAGGGCCCCCCCCCUGUUAUUCCGUGGAAAUGGCUCUUUGGGGCAACUGCUGUAGCCCUUGGGGGUGUGGCUCUGUCUGUGGUCAUCGCUGCCAGAAAUUGA